AUGUAUGCAGAUUCAUUUUUGACAACCAAAUGCACUAGUUUCAGUUUGACAUAGUAUAAAUUAAGAUCUCGUUCAAUUUAAACUAAAUCAUUAGAUAACAAAACUUAACCUAGUCAAAAAGAUCUAUUAGAGAAAUAAAAAUUAUAACGAAAAAGUGUGCAUAUAACCUCAUAAUAGUAAUAGAAUGUUAAUUUUGGUUAAUUAUUUACAAAACAAAUAGUUGAAUAAUUGAUGUGGAGAUAAUCAGAACUUUAUAUGAAUUGUAAUAACAUUUGAUCUAUUUAAGAAUUCAAAAUACAAUUAAGUUAUAUUGUUGACUGUGGAAACUUAUAAUAAUUUGGAGCCAUAAUUUGUAUGACAGCAGACAUUUUACUGAAAAUCAAAGAUUUUAACAAUGCUUGUUAUUAUUACAAUUAAUAUGUAUUGAACUUAUAUAAUUUGAGAGAGUUUUGAAUACAAUAACUAAAAAUCAUGCUGAAAAAGCAAAAGCAUUGAUUGGCUUGGCUAAUUGUGCAUAAGAAGUUAAAAUGAAUAGAGAGGCCUUAAAAUUAUUGAAAAAAGCGUUGCAAUAUGCUUGGUUAAGUAAUGAAUAUGAACUAAAAAUAUAUGAAAAACUAGCUCUAAAUUAUUAUUACUUAGGAUAAAGUGAGGAAUAAUAUUAUUUUCACUAAAGAGGUUUAUUAGGCAUUUUUGAAUCUGAUGAUUCGCCUAUAAAACAGUUUAGCUGUGAGUCUUUAAGAGAGGAAUUAAAAAAGAAUUGUUUUGAAAUAAAGACUCUUUGUCCAUAAUUGUUAAAUUUUAUGAAUUUACCAAUUUUAAGUAGAAAUGAAUUACUUAGUAGAAAUCCAAAUUCUAUAAGAGGAGUUUAAGUGAAAAAGUAAGUUAUCUACUAGGCGACAGAAUAGAUAGAAAUUAUAUUAUAGAAAAAUGAAGAGUUUUAACAUUAGAUAAAUACUCCUAAGUAUUAAAAGUUAGUUAGAAAUUAAAAUAUGAAAAAAGGAGAAGAAUUCAGAGUUGUAAAAUCCUCAUUAUCAGCAUAUUCUAAAGAAAGGAGAAUAUAUGAUUUAAAUGAUACUUCUAUUUAUAAAUUGCCUUAUGAAGUUUAAGUGAACAAUCGUAUUUAGUAUCCAUAUAUUCAGCAGGAUAUUAAUGCAAAAUUACGUGAACAAUUAAGGAAUACAAAUAGGACACAUCAAUUUGGAUUAAGAAAUAAGGUGAUACUUAACCACUAAAAUAAAGAAGACAUACAUUAUAGAAAAAAUGGAGCCUGUUUUUAAAGAUAAUUAUUUACUAUAUUUUCAUAAUAUUCUCAAUUAUUUAAUUGA